UGUCUCCAUACCUCCAUGAUUAAACCCUCCGUUAAAAUUCUAGGUGUCACUGUAGACCACGCUCUGACUCUGGAUCAACAUGUGAAACUUCUGAUCAGUUCUUGCUUUUUCCAGUUGAGGAACAUAGCCAAACUGAGGCCCAUUGUGUCUCAAGCUGAGAUGGAGAUCCUUAUCCAUGCGUUUGGAUCAUCACGCCUGGAUUACUGCAACUCGCUGUUUACCUUUGUCAGCAAAACAUCUUUGGAUCGCCUGCAAGUGGUCCAAAACGCCGCUGCCAGACUGCUGACCAGGACUCCCAGGAGGUCCCACAUAACUCCAAUCUUAUCUGCUCUUCACUGGCUCCCCAUUAAGUCUCGAAUACAAUAUAAAAUCCUUGUGGUUACGUACAGAGCUCUGCACGGCCAGGCACCGCUCUACAUCACAGAUCUGUUACAGCCUUAUGUUACCAGCAGGUCCCUGAGGUCCUCCGAUCAGGGCCUGCUGGUAGUCCCUCGCUCAAGACUAAAAACUAAAGGUGACCGCGCGUUUGAGGUAGUGGCUCCCACUCUCUGGAACUCCCUCCCAGUUAAUCUAAGAUCAGCGGACACUGUCGACUCCUUUAAAAAGCAGCUCAAGACGCAUCUCUACAGUCUUGCUUUUCUGUGAUUCUGUUGUU